AUGGACCGUUUAUUAACAACAAUUAACACGACGAUUACAGUUACACCCGGAUUCGAUACUCCUCCAAUUUGGACUGGUUAUAUUUCCGUUUUAGUUGCUGUUUUAUUUUUCGGUUCAAAUCUUGUGCCAGCAGCAAAAUAUUCUAUCCGUGAUGGCUUCUCAUUUCAAUUCUUCUUAUGUGUUGGAAUUUGGAUCACAGGAGCUGUCAUCAAUUUAAUAGUCAAAAGUCCACCAUUUUUUCCAUUGGUAAUGAUCGGUGGAGUAUUAUGGACAACUGGAAAUAUUAUCUCUGUUUAUGUCAUUUCUAUAAAUGGUCUUGGUCUAUCAAUGUUGCUCUGUGUCUUUUCAAUAGGAUGGGCAAGUGGCCAUUUUGGUUGGUUUGGUUUGAAGCCAGAAAAUGUCGAUAUUCCUGCUUUUAAUUAUGUUGGUGUUGCCAUUGCUUGUCUUAGUGGUAUCGUAUUUCUUGCUAUUCGUACAAGGAAAUCAAAAGAACAACUUGUCGAUUCACGACCUAUCCGUCAUUUCACCAAUUCAUCAAUAAUCAAUAGGUCAUUUGAAAUAGCACCAGAAGGUGACAAUGAAAUGUCAUCGACUGUGAACAUAAAAAUGCGUAUAAUUGGUUGUAGUUUAGCAAUUUUGGCUGGAAUCCUCUUUGGUCUUGUUUUUACUCCUAGUACCUAUAUCCAAGACCAUCAGGAGAACUAUCCGGGAGCGGUAAAAAAUGGUCUUCAUUAUGUAUUUGCUAUGUAUACAGGUAUACUACUAACAUCAUCGGUCUACUAUGGUGUAUACAUUAUUUUCAAGCGUAAUCGUCCUUAUGUUUGUGUCGAAAGCAUAUUGCCCGCAUUUAUUUCUGGCGUUAUGUGGGGCAUUGCACAAGCUGGCUUUAUUUUUGCUAAUACUGUAUUAAGUCAAGCAAUUUCAUUUCCACUUGUAACAACUGUACCAGCAACAAUUGCUGCACUUUGGUCGAUCUUCUAUUUCAAGGACAUUAGAGGACUGAGAAACUACUUAAUAUUUGCUGGUGGAACUUUAUUACGAAUUAUUGCUGCCGUAUUCAUUAUUUUUUCUAAAUCGAUAUCGAAUUAG